AUGUGUCAAGAAUUUUCUGAGCUACACGAUGAACCUGAUGGAAUUGAUAAUGAACGUUAUGUUACUUUGAGUUCAGAUGUUGAGAAUCGUACUGAUGAUCAUCCAAUUAAAUAUUAUCUUCCAUUGCCUUCAUUGGCAAAUACAGAAUAUAUAUUUAUUAAAGCAAUAAGAAAGGACGAAGAUUUUGGAAAUAUCCUUAGAAUACAAAUUUGUUAUCUACCAUUAGACAAAGUCAAACCAAUUGAGUUAAAUGCAGAAGCUAGUGUUGACACACAAAAUGUAUCAAAUACUCGUCUUGCUCACUUUGAAGGUUUCAAUAACGAGGUGAUUUAUUGGUUUUGUGCUCAAAUUGGAUGUGAUAGAAUAUUAGAUACAGAAUUGAAACUUGAUAUACGAAAAUUAGAAAGUCUUGGUUUAUCAUCACAAGAAGAACGUGUUCCAUGGAUAUUUUUUGCAACAUUUUCUAACCAAUUGCAGCAAUUAGGAAAACAUGUCCUUCGUGAAGAUUAUAUUUUUUUCUAUGAGAGUGCAAAUGUCGAUGUAGCACAAACAAUAGAAGAAGUACCAUUUACAAAGAAACAAAAUGUGAACGUUGUUUGA